AUGGAGAUACUGAACGGGGGCGUGUACGUGGACCAGAACAAAUUCCUGUGCAACGCCGACACCAUCCAUUGGCGGGAUAUCAUCAAGAACCCCCAGGCGGAGCUGCUGGUGGUAAAGUCCAACAACAGCAAAAUCGGAUAUCUCAGUGAAUCUGACAGCUGUUUUGAAGUCGCCCCCUUCCCCUCCCCCGUCCUACUCCAUCCUCUCCGCAUUCCCCUCCGUCCCCUGAGCUCCUUCUUCUGCUUUGGGACUGAGCAGCCGUCGCUCUUCCACUGGACAUUUCGCUGUGAGAGCGGCCUUAAAAAUCCCACCCCCACCCCCCACCCCACUGACCCCUGA